GGAACUAAAACCAUCAGCCUUUUUGGCUGAUUUGAGGAAGGAAAAAGUUCAUGCAACGUUCCUCCUAAAACACGUCCCUCACAUUAUUCCCAGAAAAGAGAGAGUUAUCCUUUUCCGCGAACUCGUGCGAGCGAACAAAGCUUCUCUGGGUAUUCUGUCUCAAACCAACUGCAUGCUGGACAGUGCUGCUGUUGGGGCAGUCAUCAUGAUACACAGAAACCGCAUUGUCGAGGAUGGGUAUCAACAACUAGCGAAUCUGAGUACCAACCAACUUCGAAUGAAAAUUCGAGUCCAGUUCAUCAACGCUAUGGGUCUUGAUGAGGUGGGUAUCGACCUCGAUGGUGUUUUCAAAGAGUUUCUAGAAGAGAGUCUGCGGCGUGUUUUUGACCCCUCUUUGAACCUCUUCCGCGUUACAACCGAUCAGCGCCUCUACCCCUCGCCUACUUCGCAUAUUCAGGAUGGCCAUCUUCAACUGUUCGAGUUUGUAGGAAAGUUGUUGGCCAAAGCCGUCUACGAGGGAAUUAUUGUUGAUGUGCCCUUUGCCAACUUCUUCUUGACUCAAAUACUCGGCAGGCAGCGCGCCAGCUGUUACAGCUUCCUGGAUGAAUUAGCGACAUUUGAUCGCGACUUGUACAAAAGUCUAACUUACGUAAAGCACUAUGAGGGAGAUGUCUCGGACCUGGAACUUACCUUUUCCUACGAUGAGGAUUGUCUAGGUCAGAUUGUUGUUCACGAUCUGGUACCAAGUGGACGCUAUAUAACAGUGACAAAUGACCUUAAGUAA